AUGAAUACUCAAGGGUAUCACUGGCAGAGCGAAGGUGAGGGUCAGGGCCAAAAUAAGAAACUAGAUUUGAAAGAAUUGAAGCUUGGAACGUUCAUUCAUAAUAUGAAGAUGCUGCUGACUUUGUUCCUCUUCCUUAUUGGGAGUCAAACUUCAGUAACUCAGACACCUGCCCCUACAUCUGCAGAUAUUGUCCUUUUGUUUGACAGCUCUAAUAGCCUGGGAAACAAGGCAUUCCCCUCUAUGAAGUCUUUUAUUAUCAAAAUGAUCAGUCAUUUAACAGCGACUCCUAACCAAUACCGUAUCGCGCUUGCCCAGUACAGUGAUGAUUUGCACGUUGAAUUUCUGCUGGACGCCUAUAAAGCAAAGAACCCAAUGCUGAAUUAUGUAAAAAAAAACGUUGUAUUCAAGGGUGGUUCAGUAAAAACUGGCAAUGCCCUUCGAAAAGUUCACAGGACCUAUUUCAAAGGACCAGCUAGUGGAAGAGACAAAGAACGAAUUCUGGUUGUCUUGACUUCAGGGGCAUCAGAGGAUGCCGUAGUAGAGCCUGCCAAGAUCUUGAAAAGUGACGGGGUAAAAAUCAUAGCCAUGGGGAUUCAGGAUGUUUCUCCUCAAGAACUGCAGUCAAUGGCUACACCUCAAUUUUCUUAUAAGUUUCGCACAGUGAGGGAACUCAGUAUGUCUUCUCAAAACAUGACCAAGAUCAUUGAGGACGUUAUUCAAACAGAUAUUAAUGGCAUAAUACCAACAGAUAUAAUUGCAAUUUGUAAGAGUGAUUCCGUUGCUGAUGUUGUGUUCAUAGUAGAUGAGGGUGUUUCAAAACCAAAAGCGGAAGAUAUUAAAAAGUUCCUGCAAGAUACAGUUUCCUUUCUUGAUGUGAAAAAGAAUUGUACAAAGAUUGGCCUAGUGACAUACAGCAGUGAGUCCCAUGUUUUAUCUUUAUUGAGCGAAGAAACAAACAAAAUUGCUAUUCUGCAGAAAAUACAGGACUUUUCUCCAAGGGAAGGGAAGGCCAACACCGGUGCUGCCAUUAAGGCUACAAGGCAAAGAGUCUUCUCUGGAAGCAGAAAGGCCCAAGGGAUAGAGCAAAUAGCCAUUCUGAUCACCCACAGACCCUCUGAAGACAACGUAAGUAAAGCAGCUGAUGAUCUUCGGAGAGCUGGCGUGACAGUAUUCACCGUAGGCAUUGAAAAUGCUGACUACACCCAGUUAACCCAGAUAGCAUCAUAUCCUCAACAGCAAUACAUUACUACGCUGACGGCAUUUUCUGACCUGCCAAAAAAAGCCGGAAUUUUACAAAAGAAACUCUUGAAUCAAAUUCAGGACAAGCUGUAUGUCCAGUCUGAAAGAAGAGAACUACUUAAAGCAGGAUGUGUGGACACAGAGGAAGCUGAUAUUUAUGUCCUCAUUGAUGGCUCAACAAGCAUUUAUCCUGUUGCCUUCGGAGACAUCAAAACAUUUUUGAAGGAAGUGAUUAAGAUGUUUAACAUAGGGCCAAAUAAAGUUCGCUUUGGAGCUGUGCAGUUCUCACAUGACAAAAGACUGGAGUUUGAACUUGAUGAAUACAGCAAAAGAGAUGAUUUAGAGACGGCCAUCGACAACAUUAGGCAAAUAUAUGGGGAUACCUAUAUUGGAAAAGCGUUGACUUUCAUGCAGCCACGGUUUAAAGAGGCCAGGGAGCAGAGAGCUGGCAGGGUGCCUUGUCACCUCAUUGUCCUAACAGAUGGGGAGUCACAUGACAGUGUGAAGGAGCCUGCUGAGAGACUGAGGAAUGAGAAGGUUAAUAUUUAUGCCAUUGGUGUAAAAGAUGCAAAUGAAGCACAGCUCCAUGAGAUUGCAGGGUCAAAGAGCAGGACUUUCUUUGUGCAAGAGUUUGACUCUUUGAAAAACAUAAAAAAUGAAAUUGUUCAAGGGAUCUGUUCUGGAGAAGCCUGCAAAGAAAUGACAGCUGACAUCAUGUUUCUAGUGGACAGUUCUGGAAGCAUAGGACCAGAGAACUUUUUGAAAAUGAAAAACUUUAUGAGAGAACUGGUGAACAAAUCUGACAUCAGCGCAGACCGAGUGCAGGUUGGGGUCGUCCAGUUCAGUGGCACAGCACGGGAAGAGUUCCAGCUUGACCGAUACUCUUCAAAAACUGACAUUUUCAGUGCUAUUGAUAAUAUGUUUCUUAUAGGGGAAAAUACACUAACAGGAAGCGCAUUGGCAUUUGUGUCUGAUUAUUUCAAGCCUCCCAAAGGUGCACGUCCGGCUGUCAAAAAGUUUCUUAUCCUGAUUACAGAUGGGGAAGCGCAGGAUGAAGUAAAAGGUUCAGCAAAAACCCUACGUGAUCAAGGUGUUAUUAUCUACUCUGUUGGGGUGUUUAAUGCAAAUAAACCUCAACUGGAAGAGAUUAGUGGGAAGCCUGAGCUGGUUUUUUACGUCGAGAAGUUUGAUAUUCUGAAGCACAUAGAAGAUGAGAUCAUCUUUGGAAUAUGCAGGCCUCAUGAGGAAUGCAAAAGGAUAGAAAGAUUAGAUGUUGUGUUUGUGAUAGAUGGAUCUGGGAGCAUAAAUUCCGAACAAUACCAGACCAUGAAAAAAUUCAUGAUUGACUUGGUGAAAAAAUCUGAUGUCGCGCCAGAUAGAGUUCGGUUUGGAGCUGUAAAAUAUUCUGAUGAACCGGAAACAUUUUUCUACCUUAAUAAGUACACAACAAAAUCCGAGAUUGUUGAGGCUAUCCAGAAUGAUAGAACUAUAGGAGGUUCAACGUUCACAGCCAAGGCAAUUGACUAUUCGGAAGCUCUGUUUGCUCAGGAGCAUGGCGGACGCAAAAGCAAGGGAGUUCCACAGAUUCUUAUAGUGAUAACAGACGGUGAGUCCCAUGAUUCAGCACAGCUCAAUGACACAGCCAAGAGAUUAAGAGACAAUGGAAUUAUUAUCUAUGCUGUUGGGAUAAAAGGAGCAAAACCUGAUGAACUUUUGGCCAUGGCUGGAUCAGAAGACAAAUAUUACUAUGUGGAUACAUUUGAAGGACUCAAAAACACAUCUGUAGCAAUAUCAGAAAAAAUAUGUGAUGAUUCAAAACCAGAGUGUGAAAUUCAAGCAGACCUUGUUUUCUUGAUUGAUGGUUCCAAUAGUAUAAAGCCAGAUGACUUCAUCAGGAUGAAGGAUUUCUUGAAAGUUAUACUAGAUCAGAUUGAUUAUGAUCACAAUGUUCAAAUUGGCAUUGCCCAGUACAGUGACGAGUAUAAAAGAGAAUUCAGCCUGGGUGCUUUUCAGAACAAAUCAGAACUGAACAUUCAAAUUCAGAACAUUAAGCAGAUGACAGGAACUAAAACUUUAAUUGGAGCUGCACUUAAGCAGGUGAAGGAAUUCUUUGCACCAGCACGCAGCAGAAGAGUAACAAGAAACGUCCAACCAGUUUUGCUGGUAGUCACUGAUGGGGAGUCGCAUGAUGAUGUUGCUGAACCAGCAGAAGAUCUGAGAAAGGAAGGCGUUAAUAUAUAUGCUAUCGGAGUUGGGAAAAUUGAUCACUCGCAGCUCACGCAAAUAGCUGGCAUCCCGGAAAGGAAGUACACUGUUAAUGAUUUCAAUGAGCUGAAGAUUAUUAAAAAAAGACUAGUUGGUGACCUAUGCAAACCUGAUGUUCCUACAACUUGUUUUGUGGAUAUUGUUAUGGGAUUUGACAUCUCUUCACAAGAGAGAGGUGACAGUUUAUUCCAGGGACAGUACCAGCUGGAAGCAUAUCUUCCUGACAUUCUAAAAGCCCUCACAUCCCUAAGCAGUCUGAGUUGCAAUGUGGGGACAAAGACACAGAGCAGCGUGGCAGUUUACCUGAACAACACCGUUACACCCGUGUCUUCAAAGUUCCAAUUUGACAGUGAGAAAAUAUGGAACAACCUGAGCAAGAUCCUGAUCGACAAACCAUCUCGUCUCAAUGGCAACCUCCUGGAGUCACUCUGGAAAACGUUUCCAAGCAAAGCUGAUGAUCAAAAUCGAAGGAAGGUUUUACUUGUAUUUUCAGAUGGUUUGGAUGAAGAUGUAGAAGAACUUGAACAAAAGUCAGAAGAACUCAGAAAAAAAGGAUUGGAUGCACUGAUAACUGUUGUUCUGGAAGGAGCCUCUAAAAUUGAUGAGCUUCAGUACAUUGAGUUUGGAAAAGGAUUUGAAUACAUGACUCAAUUAACUAUUGGCAUGAGAAAUAUCGCCAAAGCACUGUCCAAGUAUGUGACUAACAUUGCUGAAAGGACGUGCUGUGCUGUUUUUUGCAAGUGCAUUGGGGAGGAAGGUGGAAUUGGACGCCGAGGGAAACGAGGAAAUGAAGGACCUAAAGGUAUAAAAGGCAGUCGAGGACACUUAGGAGAAGAGGGAGAGCCGGGUUCAAGAGGACAGCCUGGACCAAUGGGAGAGCAAGGGAAUAAGGGAUGUGAUGGUAGUACAGGUCCUAAAGGAUACCAAGGAAUACCUGGUGAAAAGGGAGACGAUGGGGACAACGGGAUUGAUGGAAUUAAUGGAGAGCAGGGAUCACUUGGGUAUCCAGGAAAGAUGGGAGAAAAGGGUGACCCAGGCUACAUGGGCAGUCCAGGGCCAAGAGGACUCCCUGGUGAGCGUGGUGAGAGGGGCUUACGAGGAGAUCAUGGUAACCCUGGAUUGGACAAUGACAUAAAAGGAUCCAUAGGUUCAAAAGGAGAACAGGGAAGACAGGGUGAAGGAGGAGCAAUGGGCCCACCAGGGUCACCAGGCUCUCGCAGAACCACAGUAAGACCCCAUAUAGACAAGGAGACUAAAUAUGCAAAGGAAAUGCUUGAAAUUAAUCCAAGAUGGCUAACAAACAACUAUCUUGUCUUGUGUCAGGGAGCAAAAGGUCGAAGAGGAACACCAGGUCCACAGGGGGAGAAAGGAGCUCCUGGUUUGACGGGCUUUCCAGGAGAACCAGGAUUUCCAGGAUCCCAGGGACAAAAAGGAAUUGCAGGUGUAAAAGGAGAGAGAGGAAGUGAAGGAAAUAAAGGUCUUCAGGGAGAAUAUGGUGAUCCUGGAGAGAAAGGACAGAGAGGGCCACCAGGUCAACGGGGAAUUCAGGGAGACAAUGGUGCUGAUAGAUAUGGUGAACCAGGAAAGAAAGGAGCAAAGGGUGAAAUUGGAGAAACAGGAUUUCCAGGAGAACUUGGACCAAUAGGAAUCAAAGGACAAAUGCCAUGUGAAGUCAUUGACUAUGUGCGCAGACACAGCGAAAAACCGGAAUGCCCAGUAUAUCCAACGGAACUAGUGUUUGCUUUGGACAUAUCCCAGGAUGUCACAUCCCAGUUAUUUGAAAGAAUGAGAGAGAUUGUAAUAUCAGUAGUAAAUGCCACCAAAAUUAGAGACAGCAACUGCCCAGUGGGAGCUAGAGUCGCUGUUGUGUCCUACAAUUCCAACACUCAUUAUCUGAUCCGCUUCUCUGAGUUCUACAACAAGAAUCAGCUCCUCAACAAACUUAAUAAUCUGGCUUAUGAGAGAUCCUCAAGCGAGCGGGAUAUUGCCAGAGCGAUGGGAUUCGUUGCCAGGAAUGUUUUCAAGCGAACUCGCCAAGGUCCUAAUGUGAGAAAAGUAGCAGUGUUUUUCAGCAAUGGGCCGUCUGCAGAUGAAUUUUCUAUUAACACAGCAGUUCUGGAGUACACUGCAUUUGAUAUUGUUCCAGUAGUUAUCGCUUUUAAUGAUGUUCCCCUCCUCCGUCGUGCUUUUGCGAUGGACGAUACUGGAUUCUUCCAGAUAAUAAAUAUUAAUCAAGAGGAUGACUAUGAGCCAUUCUUGGAAACAUUUCGGCGCUGCACUCUUUGUUAUGACAAAUGUAAACCAGAUGAGUUUUGUGAACGCCGCAGAUUCCGAUCACCACCGGCAUAUGUGGAUGCUGCUUUCAUUUUGGAUAGUUCACAGAAAAUGAGUGGUGCCGAAUUUGAGAACGUGAAAAACUUCUUGAGCAGAGUACUUGAUAACUUUGACAUUUCCUCUGAGCCAGAGACUUCUUCCACAGGUGAUAGGGUGGCUGUGGUGAGCCAUGCUCCACCAGGUUUCAAACCCCGAAUGGGGCGGAACCCUGUAAAGAAAGAGUUUGACUUUGUCACCUACAAGAAGAGACAGUUAAUGAAAAGACAUAUCCAAGAAUCUGUUCGACAGCUGAAUGGAGCAGCUGCUCUUGGCCAUGCCAUACAGUGGACAAUUGAUAAUGUUUUCUUAACUGCACCCCACUCCAGACAACACAAGGCUAUCAUUGUUAUAUCUGCUGGAGAAACAAGUCAGUGGGACAAAGACAUAUUAAAGAAGGCAUCUCUGAGAGCCAAGUGCCAAGGAUAUGCUCUGUUUGUAAUUUCAUUAGGACAUGUAUAUAACAACAUGGAAUUGGAAGAGAUGGCUAGUAUUCCCCUGGAACAUCAUUUGAUUCAGCUGGGCAGAGUUCAUAAGCCUGAACUUGAAUACGUAGUGAGGUUUAUGAAACCAUUUGUGCAUCUCCUCAGGCGUGCAAGCAACAAAUAUCCACCAGUAGAGCUCACGAGAAUUUGUACCAGAGCUCGCUCUCAGAAACCAGAAUAUGCACUAAGGGGCCAACAUGUAGCUAUCAUAGAUGAGGAUUGGUCAGGAGGUGAUGCCAUAGCUGAUGCUGAAUACACUGUUUCUGGGCAUGCAACACUAAUGUUCCAGGAUGACGUAAGCAAUGGUCCUCUAAACACCAACAGUUUUGCCAGCAAUACACAUCAAUCCUUGGUAACUACCGACAUAAUGGAGAAUGCUGCCAAAACACACGGAAGGGAAGAUAACGUGUAA